UGUGGGGACUGUCAAUUGACAUUAAUUAAAUCAAUAUAGGUAAACAAUUGUUAAAAAUCAAAAUAAUACAGAACAGAAACGAUGAUUUCUCUUGUAAUUAUUAAGCUUGAACAAUUGUGGAAUUUGUUUUAAGUAGAUAAAACCAUAAUACAGGUUUAAAUGCCAAUUAAAUAGUUAAAAGUUCUUAGUAGGUUUUUGAGAAGAUGUAUUCUCCGCGUCAGAAAAUACUCUGGUUUGCUUUUAGCUCAAGGAUUUUUGUGCUGUUUCUUCAAGCUGUCUCCAAUGUUAUUCUUCCAGAUCACAACGCAGAUGUUUUUGUUAGUCCGGAGGAUCCAACUUUGCGUAAAAGUAGACUUGAUAUUAUAGUUGAUAUAGUUCUAGGUGGCAUGAAACGAUGGGAUGCACAGUAUUUUAUACAUAUAGCUCAAUAUGGUUACACUUAUGAAAACUGUUUAGCAUUUUUGCCUUUGUUUCCACUAAUUGUAAGGUAUGUUGCCUAUAUAUUCAAUAGUAUUUUAGGUUCAUUUCUUAAUUUCCAUAGUUCUCUGCUGAUCUCGGCCACUAUUGUUAAUUUACUGUUUUUUAUGAAAUCUGCUGAUGUCUUACAUAGACUAAGCAUAAGAAUACUGAAAAGUGAAAGCAGAGCAUACAAAUCUGCCAUACUAUACUGUGUUAAUCCUGCUAGUAUAUUUUUUUCAGCUCCUUAUUCUGAGUCUUUAUUUGCAUUUAUGUCUUUUUAUACAAUGUUUAAAUGUACAGAAAAUGAGACAUUAAGGUUUGCUAACAUAGACAUUACAAGUGCAUUACCUGCUGGAUUCUCUAUGAUCUCCAGAUCAAAUGGAAUUAUUAAUUUAGGUUUCAUUUUGUAUGCUAGUUUCAAAAAUGUGAUAGAGCGAACUUUACCUGAAAUUGUGUACAAAUAUAAGACACUGAAGCAUAGAAUAAUUCUUCCUUUUUUACUUCUACCAUUGUUUACAUCUAGUGUAGCACUGUUCAUGACUGUGAUAGUAGCUAUCAUUCCAUUUGUUUUAAUGCAAACAUACAAUUACUUUAAAUUUUGUAUCCAUAGUGAUCACAAUUUGCCAGAAUUUUUAUCCAGCUCUGAAUUUAUAUUACCAGGAACAGCUGAAAGUCCAUGGUGUAAUAGUUCACUGCCUUUGUCAUACUCUUAUGUACAGAAUCACUAUUGGGAUGUUGGUUUAUUUAAAUACUAUAAGUUAAAACAAAUACCAAAUUUUAUGCUUGCCUUUCCAGUUAUAUUCAUAAUCUUGCAUAAUUGUUUAUGUUAUAUUAAAAACAAUUUACGAUUAUGUUUUAGACUUGGAUUAAAAGAUAACAUUUUUAAUUAUGGUUAUCCAAGCAAAAUAACAUACAGACAAAAACAGUACUCUAAAUCUUUUGGGGCCAAUGAUCCUUCCUUCUUUGUAUAUGUGGUACAUGUAAUGGCUUUAACGAUUUUUUGCAUUGCAUUUGUCCAUAUCCAAGUGGCAACAAGACUCUUGGCUUCGGCAAGUCCAGUUUUAUACUGGAUUUGCGCAAGUAAGAUGAAUGUUGGCCCUACUCCAACUUCAGAUCAAAACACCAUCAAUGAACAUUUUCGUCGCAUUGGUGUUGGUAAGAGAAUACCAUCACACCAUUUGUCUAUUGCUAAUUUGGAAGGAGUUGACAAUAUGUAUAGUAAAUGGAAAACCUUUUUAAUAUCUAGGCGAAUGCCCGACUUUCAAUCACAAAUUAUACAGUGUUAUUUUCUUGGGUACCUUAUAGUUGGUACAAUUUUGUUUUCUAAUUUCUAUCCUUGGACUUGAUUAAAUUUUAUUUGAAUGGAAUUCAUGACAUAUCACUUCACUUAAUUCAAUAUUUUAAAAAUUAUUCUAACAUAUCAUUUGCAUUAUUUUGAAAUUAUAAAGCUAUGACCAAAUCUAGUCAAUCUUUUAGAAUUUAACAAACGUUUUUAUAGUAUUAAGUAAUUUAAUGGAUAAUAAUAUUUCUCUGCUUGGAGUUUAAUAAUGCAUGGGGCCUUUUAAAAACAAGUCCAUUAUACAUUUUGAUCUAAGGUUGUCAUUUUAGAUGUAAAUUGCUUAUUUAAAUAUAAUAUUAACUAAUGAUUUAUAGGUAGGUAGAGCUAACAAAGUUAGUAUUUUAAUUAAGUAACUUUUAGCUCUACAAGUUUUGUAAAAAACAAUUUAUAGUAUGUUACUUCAAUUUUUUAUUUAUGUACAGUUAAAAAGCUUUUAAUAGGCAUUAAAUUUCCAUCUUGCAUAUUGCUGUCUCAAUUAAGUUCAUUCCUGUUCACACUAAAAAUAUUACUAAUUGAGCUACUUACUGAUUAUGUAAUUAAUAAAUUCAUAUUCAAUACCUACUUACUAAUUACUAAAUAAUUUGUACUUCAUAUUAAUGCGGAACUGUAUAUUUGUUAUCUUUUCUCUUAUUAACCAUUGAGCCGACCUUAUUUGUGCAGACAGAAAUAGCUACUAUCCAGGUGAUGUGACCGAAGUUGGUUUUUUAUCUCGAGAAUCACAUUAAUUCCAUGCAGGAGAAAGUGCGGCCACUGCUUUAAUUUACUAAAUAUUUAAGAAAUAUUAUGGUAUCUUGUUUAAAAUAUACCAGUAAGUAUGACAGAUGUUGCAAUGAUUCAAUUUAAUUUUAAUACUUAAAUUCACAAUCGCACAAGAUGUUCAAAGCUUGUUUUCAAGUGUUCAAUAAAAAAUAAAUAUACUUAAGAUUUUUUUUUAUUAUAAAACCACAAUCACCACGAAGAUUACAGACUUGAAACUUAUAAACAUUAUAAUUAUGUUUAGUAAUAUAUCCAAUCACAGAAUUACUUAAUCAAAACAUACCAGGUUAUGUAUGAUUGCAUUUAUUAAAAUUUAAAAUUAUAAUUAUAUUUUAGAAAAUGUCUCAUAAUUAGUGAUUCAAAAGUCGAGUUUAUAAACCAUAAUUUUAGAUACUUCUAUAAUGAUCAUAACCUUUAACCAUUAAUUUUGAUUGUGACCGUCAAUGAUAGUAUGUAAGUAGUAUCAAAUUACAUGAAGCGUAACCUAAAACUACUUAACUAAUUUUGAAUGUGAUCAAUCCAAAUAUUAAGUAUGUGAUCAAAAAAUGAUUUUGUUACAUGAUUGGCACUGUUAAACCUAAUAAAUAUACAAUAAAUUCAGUUUAUUUGAAUUAUAAAAAAAUAUACAGGCUACAGCCUAUGUUAAUUAUAUUUACUAGUUGUGCCACCCCGUACCUUAUAUCUUUGGCCGCGGACACACAUGUAAGUUUACUCACGUAAGUAGCUUUAGUGAUUAACUUACGACUCGUGAAAGUACAUUUACAUUAGUAAAGCUGUCAAUUACUUAUGUAAGCUAUUUCCGUGAGUAAAACUUACAUUUAAUUUAAUGACUUAAUUUAACUUAUUUCAUAUGAAUGUAUAUACAAUACCUAUAAACCUUGUUUGUGAAAUGUGCUGAAUGAUAAAUAAUAGAACCAGUAUUGAAU